GAGGGAAGUAAGUAAUUACACGGGAUAGUUCCAUUCCUAGACGUAAUUAGUUGUGACAAUUAUGCAAGAUCUAUUCUCAUGAGAAUGUUUUAGAAGUCCCAGUUUAUUGUCAGAACAUCGAGCCGAUCUGCUGCAGUUAUUGCUCCAGUCUGGAGAGGAAGUGAUGGAGAACGAGUCGUCCUCAGCAAGAAGUAGUAUAUCCAGCAGUGCACCUGGUUUGAUGCCAUUUGCACCGAUUUUCCGGUGUACGGCACCUGAAAACAUACAUCUCACUUCUGGACUUCUGGAGUUGACAAUAUACAGACAGUGACUAGUAGCAGUAGUAGCAGUAGCCUUUUGAACGAUCAAGUAACACGUUAGUUGAGGUAUUUCUAGCUUUGCAGCAUGGCUGGUAGCAAAGACAAGGUCGAUUAUGGACAAAUAGGCCCUAUCCUGCUUGCCAUGUUCUCCCACUUUUUCGGAGGUAUGAUCAUCUUCCCGUUUGUGCCAUUUAUGGUGACGGAUUUCCUGGAUCUGCCGAGGAACAAGGUCGGAUUCUACUCUGGCUUUCUGGUGAGCGCUUACCACGUCGGUGUGCUUCUCGGCAGCAUGAUGUGGGGCAGUGUGUCUGAUCGCUGGGGCCGGCGUCCAGCUGUUCUCACAAGCAUGGUUUUGAUGAUGGUGUUCAAUUUAUUUUUUGGAUUCAGCAGGUCAUUUACAUGGGCGGUGUUGGCACGCUUCUUGUUGGGUUUAGGAUCAGCUGUCAUCUCAGUAGGCAAGACGAUCUUGUCGGAGAGUUCUAACAACGCAACAACGGCACGGGUAUUUUCAUUCAUGGGUGUGGUGUCUGGUCUUGGUCGACUAUUCGGACCAGCAGUCGGCGGACUGCUAUCACAACCAGCUCAGAAGUUUGCAGCAAUGGACACGCCAUUCUUCCGCGAGUUCCCAUAUGUUCUACCAAUUUUUGUGUCGUCUUCUUGGACAUUGAUUUCGUUUGUGUGGGCGGUGUUCAAGUUGAAAGAGACACUGCACCGUCCCCCAUCUGCUGUGAAACUGUCAGAGAACGAAGGAGAAGAAGAUGGUGAAAGUGAGGACAUUGAACUCCUUAGACAAGGUGUUGAUGAAGAGAUGGGUGACUCCGACAAGCCAGAGGAACAAUGUCAAUCAACGCGACUGUUUCCAUGUUGCGGGUCCAUAUCGUUUUCAAGUUGCCGAAAUCCAGGAAGUGGAUUUAAAAGGAUGCCAGACAAUGAGGUAGAGUCAGCCAACAAGCUAGUAUUGCUUUGCAGAUUUGCCUGCAGCGGCAUUCGCAGCUACAUUGGUGCAUUUGCGCUGCUGCGCCACAAAACUAUCCGUCACGCCUGCACCUUGUAUGGGAUGUUAGCAUUUGUUGGUAUCAUGCACAACGAGGUGGUCCCACUUCUACUAGUUGUCAGCUUUGCACACGGUGGCCUGUGCUUUAACACGGCGGAAAUUGGCAUUCUGACUGUGGGCUUCGGGGUAUUCCAUUUAAUCAUGCAGCUUGUCUUUUAUCCACGUCUGGCCAAGCGCUUUGGCUAUCGUCGAGUGUUCCGAGGUGGCCUCAGCGUGUUCUUUUGCGCCAUUUUGUUAAUGCCCUGGCUGACCAAGUUUACCGGUAACCAGGACCCAGCAAUCAUAUUCGAUAAUAGUACAGACACUGCACUGCUGUAUCGUAACCAUACCCUGCCGCCGUCUGGACCAUACUACUACAAUGAGAGCAGCAGUUUGAGCAACAACAGUGUUGUGGACGAUGUGUGUGUACGGCAUGUGCCAUGGACACCUAACACCACUGUUUCGGCCUGUGGUACGACAGAGUCAAGCAACACGACCAGUGUUAGGUCUUUCCAGUUUUCCGUCAUCCCAUGCUUGCCAGUGUCGGUCUGGAUGAUUUCCUUGUUCGUGAUUGUUGGUGGAUAUCUAUCCCGCACAGUGUCCUUCACCAGCGUCAAUGUCAUCAUUAAUAACUCGUGUGAAAGAGAGGUGCGUGGGCGUGUUAACGCUAUUGGUAUGGUUCUUUCGUCCUUAGGUCGGGUCACUGGGCCUCUGGUCAUAUCUGUUCUGUUUGCCUGGAGUGUAUCUGAUGAUCAUGAAUACCCAUACCCACUCAACCAUCACUUGACGUUCCUGGUGAUGGCCAUUCUGGCUCUCUUUGUGAUGUUGUGGAGCUGGGGUCUACCUCCUUCUGUGGAGAUACGAGCAAACAGUGAUGCAAAGCAGACGAACGGUUCGCCCUCUUCCGCCGCGAGCAACAACGUUGUGGUUUGCGCAAAUGGUUCGCAGAUACAGAACACCCUUUUACUAAACAACUUGAAGAAUGGUGAUGAGCAGGAAGAGAAAGACACUGCUGUGUAGGCGUCACGUUCUCUGCAACUGUGGGUACAUUGGAGUCCUUUGCAGGCUUUGUUGCAAUGCACACAUAAAAGCAUGCCUACACAUUUUGAGGGUAUGCUAGAAACUUGAUGCAAAGCUGACUUGAAACAGUCGUUUGCGCGCAAUAGAAUUUUUUUUAAAUCUUUUUCUUGUAGGUCAAACUAGUCUUUUAUAGGUUUGAAGGCAGUGAACGCUGGGUCCUAUACACACACUCGUUUUGCUACCGCUCUAUUUAUUUAUUAUUUUCUACGUUUUCUCCAAAUGUGUGCAACGCGUACAUCUGUGUAGGUGCACUUCACAUCAGGUCGUGUUAAAAGAAUCAGAAGAAAGGCAUGAUUGUUGGCUACUCAUACAAUUUAUAUGUAUGUUCCAGGACAGCCGGAAGCAAUAUCUGUCCGGUCAUACCAUA